CUGAUUAAUGCAACCUCAGAUGCUUCAAUUGUUGAUUCGAGUAUUGAGCGAAAGGUUACACCUAUGGGUCUGUAUUGUGGGUCAACCCUACUACACUAGUACCAAUAGGCGGCAUAGAGGAAGAAGCACUACGCCUAGGAAUCAACAACACGAAAACUUUGUUAUUAAUGAUUCUUUCUUUAUCGGGAUCGGAACUAAGAGAAAUGGUUGGGACAACAAACAUCCAUCUUGUUCGUACUUUGGAUACCCAUAUAACCAUCGAAGAUUGUUGAAGUGACUAAUUCCUGGAAAUUAAGGAGCGUUGAGAACAAAGAAAUUGUUGGAGUUUACUUUUUUAUCUAGUACGAACACGCUUGAUGGUAAGAAAAGAUCUUUGCAAGAGGGUUGGCUAGAGAUUUCUUGUAAAAACAUUAGCCCCGCUCAGUUCAUAAUGACAAUAUUUCGACCUUUUUUUUAAUUCCAUGGAUUAUUCUCAUUAUGCACAUAAAGGAGGAGCCGUAUGAGGUGAAAAUCUCAUGUACGGUUUUGGAACGGAGAAUUUUUGAAUCGAAUGACGACCGUAACGGAUGUCGGCUCAAUCCGAAGGAAAUUAUGCGGAGGCCUUACAGAAUUAUUAUGAAGCUAUGCGACUAGAAAUUGAUCCCUAUGAUCGAAGUUAUAUACUAUAUAACAUAGGCCUUAUCCACACAAGUAAUGGAGAGCAUACAAAAGCUUUAGAAUAUUAUUUUCGAGCACUAGAACGAAACCCGUUCUUACCACAAGCUUUUAAUAAUAUGGCUGUGAUCUGUCAUUACGUGCGACUAUCUCCACUAUAGAAAUAAAAAAAGGAAAGAAAGAGCAAAUACGCUAGUAAAUAAAUACGCUAGUAAAUAAACACGCUAGUAAAUAAAAUACUAGA